CUGAUCUCGCUUACUCAAAGAUCCAUACAGGCAAUAUCAAACUCUCAGCUCUUCAGAGAGAACAAAAAGGACCAAAGCUGCGAGGCAGUGAGGGCAACCUCCAAAAAACCUGCACUGGACAAGUGAGCAAGGGUCAAAUUCUGUGAGGGGAAUUCAGGCAGAGGGAAAAAAAAUCACCUUUAGCAGAACAGCAGCUUGUCCCGGGCUUGAAAGCAGGAGAGGGAAGAAGGGGCUGGACGGCAGAAAGGAGCAGAGAAAAGUGACUGGAAUGAUAAGAUGAGAAGCAGGCAUGUGCUGCUGAAGCUCUCCCCUAAUGAGGCCCUUCUGGAACUCCUGCUCCUGUUGUUGCUGGGGUUGCACGUCCUAGCUGUGUGUCCCUCCAUGUGCUCCUGCAGCCGCAGCCACAGAGAGGUCGACUGCUCCUGGAGGGGACUGAGACAGCUGCCCGAUGGUCUGCAGCACAACAUGCGCUCCCUUAACUUGUCCCACAACCGAUUUCACAACCUGGACGGGCGGCUCACCGCGUACACCCAUCUCCGCUUCCUCGAUUUGUCUCACAACCGGCUGAGCCACCUGCCCACCGGCUUGCCUCGUUCCCUCUGGCAGCUCUACGCCGCCUCCAACCGCCUCCAGCUGCUGGACAAGAACGAUACAGUCCACCAGUGGAAUCUGCGACUGCUUGACCUCUCUAACAAUAAGCUGGAGCGGGCCAUCUUCAUCAACAAUACGCUGAUCAAUCUGUGCACGCUCAACUUAAGCAACAAUCACUUCUGGACAUUGCCUACUAACAUGCCUGUGCACCUGGAGCAUAUAGACCUGUCCCACAACCUGCUUGUGAAGGUGCUGCCGGGCUCUCUGGACCGGCUUGUCAGACUCACUCACUUCUAUCUGCAUGCUAACCGCUUUCCCAUGCUGCCCUUUGGAGUGUUUGACAAGCUGAUAUCACUUAGAGUUAUCACUCUGGGUGACAACCCAUGGGACUGUCACCUUUACGACGACAUCACCUACUUACUCUCCUGGAGUCAGCGUACCCCUGCCCGUGUCCUGGGCUGCCCUUGCCACACCCAGCCUGUCUGUGGAGGGGUGCGCCCUGGCAGGACUGGAGGGUGGCACUUUGCCUCCUACAACCUGCCCCCCUUAGCAGCGAGUGCCCAGGACCUGAGCUCCAUGCCCCCUGAGGCCAGUGUCACCGGGUGGUGGUACCUGUCUGUUUCUGCUCUGCAAAGCACUGUGCACACCCCCAUAGAGACCUCCAACACACAGCACCACCUCUUCACAGUCACACCCAUUGGCAUCUCCACCCAGCGACCCAGAAGCACAGGCACACACCUAACUAUUAAUCACCUCUCUGGAACUGCUAGCCCAGCUGGCGCAGAGCACAUGCUCCAUACUGAUUCCCAUCUCAUCUCUGGCACAAAGGAAGACUCACCCACUGCCUCACUCCACACCACCGACACAUCCUCUUUUUCUGACACAAGCUUCAUUACCGAAACACCCAUUGGGGCUGACAUGACGCUGGCCACAGACCGAUUCUUUACAACAGAGAGCCCCUCCAUCCAAACAAAGAAGACAACCACUCUUCGCACCAGGAGUGUGAGGAGGAAGAAUCAGUCCCUUCCUAGUGUCAUCAGCAACAUCAGUCCGACUCUUGCUACCUGCUCCUUUCUCCCUUUCCUACACAACCUGGUGCUACUGUCUCUCAUUCUGCAACAAGUCCUAUGAAAGACAUGUGAAAAACACUGACCCUGUUUUUAGUGUUCAAGGGAUAGCUUUGAUCUUUUGAAGUGGUGUUGUGUGAGGUACUUAUCCAUAGUCAGUGUAUUACAUACAGCAAAGCAAAGCAAUGUACUGCUGUUGAUGGGGCUGCAGCAAAAUCUAUUUAUGCCACCUAAAAAAAAUCAGCAUCAGUGUACACUAUUAUAGAAUAUCUUAAUAGCUUUACCUUGCUGUCAGACAGUGAUUUCCGACAGGGAAAUGUAGUCGUUGUAUCGUUCUCUGGAAAGCCAGAUUCCAUCGAUAAAAACAGUAAUUCAGCAUCUCUGAACACUGGAGCUGCUGGUCUACCCUUGCCUCAGUCAGUUAUUUUGUUUGUCCUAUUGUGUGACUUUUGGGUUUAAAACUGCUGGUUUGGAUUCACCAAAGUCACACAAUGACACAAACAAACUAACUGAUCAAGGCAGCGGUAGACCAGUAGCUACCAUGCUCAGCAAGCUACAAAUACUGUUUUUCUCAAUGGACUUAUCAAGAGCGUAGAUAGGGAAGUGAAGUUGUACACGGUAAAGAUAAAGAGGUGAAAAUACUCUCCAUAUAGCAUACACUUAAAAUGAUAUUGGGGGACUUCUUUUAAAUGGCUAUAAUAUGUUUUGUUGCUGACCCUGUCCACAGCAGUACAUUGCUUAGCUUUUGUGGCAGUACUCCUGCCUGCUUCUCCAAACUGGGUAUAAGUCGACCACCAGCUAUGUAAUACUCUUACUAUGGAUAAGCACCUCAUACAACCCCACUUCAAAAGAUCUGAACUAUCCCUUUAAGUCUUCAAAUGAAUUUACAGCACAAACAAAUACAGCACACAAGACUAUUGACUGUUGUAGUACUGUCAUGUUUGUAUAUCACCAGCUUUCUCAGCAAAAGGCCAUUUACAAUACAGAGACAUUAUAGAGUAUGGUAGGAUCCUACUUUUAUAAUAAUUGGGCAGAAAACAACAACAAUAAAUUACCUUUUCUAACAACACUUUUUACAAGCCUUCACUCAAAUGAAGACACAUUGUAAUGAAUAUAGCUAAGCACAUGAUGGCACUAUACAUUCAGGUACCAGUUUAUUAUGUAACUGAAUGUGGCCUGUGCUCAUCUGGAACUACAGUCUACCCAAUUCAGUGCUGUGGAGUACACAUAUGACCUAAAAUGAUUUAGUAUCUUUUAUUUUUCCCAUGUUUGUACAACUAUUGGCUGAUGUUGCCUUGGCCAUAUUGUGGUCAUAUCUUUUUAUUUCAUUUGAUUGCACUGGCUUUUAAAAAGAUAUGACACUCAAAGUUGCCAUUUACUUAUUUUGACCUUUUUGAAUAGAUGUCCCUGAUACCUGCCUGCUUUUUUUUCAUGUAACAAACCAUAUCACUCGCUAGAGGAGCAAUUUUUCUGAGCACAGUGUAAAAAACUGGUACAUGUGUACAUAACGUGCAUAACAGGGAACAGCAAAGACUCUGUGGAGCGGAGGGAAAAGAAACGGACAAUGUUGCAUCACUAUCUUUAACAAACCCUGAGUGCCGAGUACUGCUUCUGUAUUUUGAUCACAUCUCAAACUUAAGUGUCCUUCAUGAUUCAGUGACGCUCGUGAAAAUGAUCUGCAUGGUGAUUGAACGUUCCAGGAAUGCUAACCUACUGCUAUAUUGCCACAGAGCACAGACAUUCUCAGCUUAUUUAUAUGAAAUGUUAAGAUAUUCCAAUCUCGAUUGCAUCAAGCAUAGAUAACCAUGGUAGGAGUGCCAUCCUUUGGGUUUUUACAUUUUAGAAAUACAUUUGCAUAUGGUACUAAAAGGUGCCAAAAUAGUAGGAAAUGCAUCACAGCAAGCUGCAUUUGAUA